CUGGAGGAAGUUAGACGCCUUCCCACCGCUGUGGUGGUCAGCGGGGACUUUCCUGAAGGCCAGAGACUGGUGACGUUCAUGCUAUUUUUCCAAGCCAUUUGGUAGCAAAGAACAGAGUGCCAAUGAUUCAAGUAUUCUCUCAGGCUGGGAGACUUGGCUUAUUCAAGAUGGAAAUUGCUGGUGAGGCUGAGACAAGAUUGACAUCUCUCAGAGCAGCAGGGGAGAAAGACGGCUCUGUUCAAAAGAGAAUGGCUGAGUCGCCGCGGUUUUGAAUUUGCCUCUUCUGACCUUCCCCUCCCACCUCCGGUAACACUGAGCCUGGCCCGGAAGGACACACCCUGCUUCUGGCGGACGUGCUGGCCCUUUAAAGAAGCCGAGGGCUGCGCGAACUUGGCUGAGGCGCGUCAUCUACUGUGGCUCGGCGCCAAUCCCGACGCUGGGCGGAGCGAGGCCCGCUCCCUGCCGCGGGCUAAAGGAGCCCGGGCCUGGAGGCCUCUGCACCGGUCGCCUGGUCCCGGAACCAGCGCCGCCCAGUGUGGUUCCCAUAAGGAAGCUCUUCUUCCUGCUUGGCUUCCACCUUUAACCCUUCUACCUGGGAGCGUCCUGUAACACAUUCAGACUACAAGUCCAGACCCAAGAGAGCAAGGCCCAGAAAGUGGUCAAAAUGGGGUUUAUAUUUUCAAAAUCUAUGAAUGAAAGCAUGAAAAAUCAAAGGGAGUUCAUGCUUAUGAGUGCUCGACUUCAGUAUCCAGUCAAAAUACUGUUUUCAGAAGUUAAUAAGCUGGAAAGGCAGCUCAUCAUGCAGAGUGAAAUGAGGGAAAGACAAAUGGCUAUGCAGAUCGCGUGGUCUCGGGAAUUCCUCAAAUAUUUUGGAACUUUUUUUGGCUUUGCAGCCAUCUCUUUAACAGCUGGAGCGAUUAAAAAAAAGAAGCCAGCCUUCCUGGUCCCAAUUGUUCCAUUAAGCUUUAUCCUCACCUACCAGUAUGACUUGGGCUAUGGAACCCUUUUAGAAAGAAUGAAAGGUGAAGCUGAGGACAUACUGGAAACAGAAAAGAGUAAAUUGCAGCUGCCAAGAGGAAUGAUCACUUUUGAAAGCAUUGAAAAAGCCAGAAAGGAACAGAGUAAAUUCUUCAUAGACAAGUGAAAUCCUGUUUAGCAAUCAAAUCUCAAAGCACAGAAUUGUUGACUUGAAUCAUGGUUUUUACAAUUUUUUAAAUGCUCAAGAUUUUGAUAUUGUAGAUUUUAUUUUAAAAUAUUAAAAUGCAAGAUGAGUUUUGAGCUAUUUUAAAAUAAAAUUUAUAGCAUUCAAUACAAAAUCAAGGAGGUGCUCUAAAUAACUUUCAGAUUUCCUCUCUCUGUGUGCAUUACCAAUAUCUAAGUGUAAAAUUAAUAAAUUGUUUUGAAUUCCUGGAAGCAAA